AUGGAUUCCCAAAAAGACAACUCAAAGGACGAGGCCAGCGCCUCGGCUCAUGCAGACAAAUCCACCGUUGACAUUGCGGAGGACAGCGACUCGGGCGAUUCUCGAAGCAUCAUUAGUAACAGAUCUAGCGAUAGUGGAGGGCAAUCGACUCUGUUUAUCAGCUCUACCAUCUCUAGAGAUGAUACCCUCAGCAAGUCAUCUAAGAAGCGAGAUCUGCUAUCCAAGAUAGGCAGCAGGUUUGAGAAAGAAGGGGUUCUCCAAAGAUUGAAUAAGUCGGACGAAAAUCAGUGGAGCUUACCUCCACCGCCCAAACUGUUGGGUCCUGAACAAGCUAUGCGUUCGCAUCCAGACCAGGGACCGCAUUCACGCCCCCCUCCCUUUCCUCGGCAGCCUGCACAGCCUAACCGAAGAUCUCCUGCCGCGCGUCCAAAGGCGCUGAAUGAUGCCAAGUGGCGCCAGAGUCUGAUGAAGAAGCGAGGGCCUUUGCCGGGAGUCAACACGGCUUCUCAGUCUCCCGAACGAAGCCAGCGCAAAUCUGGCGACGGGGGUGGGGCGAAGAGUGUGUCAACAGCAAGCAAAGCCCCUGACGGAAGUACCUCGAAAGGAGCAGCAUCGCAUACCCUCGGGCUGGCAGAAUCUCUUACAGAAGUCAUGGAAAAACAUCUUGAUCUCGAUGUUAUGGACCAGUCCCAGGAGACAUCUCAGUUCAUUGCUUAUCUUCUAGAUACCAUUGAGCUGCUACACAAUCAACUGAACUAUGCUCGAGCCCCAGAGUCGGAUCCCACGCCAGCGUCUCGUGGCUCGCAUGGUAAUUCGGACAGCCAGCGAGAGCCCCCGCCUCGAGUUCAUAUCCUGCACCAGAUUCAUUGUCCGCAUAUGCUGCACCCUCACGAUACUUUCACUUACGAGGAUGAGCCAAAAACAAUGACUGAUGCGAAUACUGGCUUCACUAUGCUUGCUGGCAAAGUCAAGGUCUCCAAUUUGGAAGCUUUCCUAAGCAAGCACCCAGAGAUAUGCUUCGUCGUCUUCAAGGAGCAUGAUUGCGCGCCGUUCCAAAGCGCGUCUUCAGCACAAGCUCCAAGAAGGCAUAAAGCCUUGAAACAGGUGGCAGAGUUCCCAAGCGGCCCCGGGAAUUCAAGCGACUCAGAGUCUGAUUACCAACGGAUGGAGGCACCGUACUUGUUUCUCUUUCAUCACCGUCAGAAGCUGGAGAGCUUGGCAGAGUCCAACCCAACCUAUGGAUCCGUACUUAUGCCGCUGUUAAACUUUAUAAAGGACAACUACGGCCAGGAAUACAAAGAGGCGGACGAGCUUCUGAAAGACGGGUGCAUCACGGCCAAAUAUAUCACGAAGCUCUUCAAGCCUAAUCACGUGGUUCUGAGCCGACGAGCUGGUGGCACCCUCGAGGCCUUCGUUCUAGAAAGUUAUGCUGAGGUUGAAAAAGACAGGGUGGACUUCGUAGGCUGGUCUUGGCAGUACGACGGUUCUGAGCUAUUCAGGAAGUUUUGGUCAGGCAAGAUGAAUAGGGUUGCGGAAGGACGUACCCCUAUCGCGGAUUUGUCCAUACACCCUAUCAAGUUUGCGAGAGUGGCCGAUAUCGAGGCACUCGAGACGAGGGGCCGACAAUUCUGGGACAUGAGAGACCAGGUCUACAAGUGCUACACGGGCUGGGAUAAGUCGCGGAGCUAUUACUACGUCGAUGCUCGAUUCAUGGUUGAUGUAUCAUCGUACCAGCUCAUGCAUCGUGCAGGUACCAGCCACCCUCGGUCCGACUGGACUCUAUCGCCUUUUGACAAGUGGCCUACCCGAAUCGACCGCAGCGAGGAGAACCUCCCGCCAGACACUAUCAUGCUCCUGCCCGCUACUAUAUAUGGCUUCAGCUUUCAGGAAAAGAAAUGGGUGAACUUGAAUGUUGAGAACUUCUUCCCGGUCAACUGGAACAAGAAAGCAUUCGAGCGCCUGGUUCUCGAUCCCAAGACCAAAGAGAUGAUCUACGCGCUGGUUGAUGUCCAAAGCUCAGCCGAAAAAAUGGACGAUAUCAUCAAGGGAAAGGGCAAUGGCCUCAUUGUCUUACUCCACGGCAGCCCGGGGACAGGGAAAACACUGACGGCAGAAAGCGUGGCCGAGAUCGCAGAGAAGCCCCUUUAUCGGGUUACCUGUGGAGACAUCGGAACCGACGCCAAGGAAGUCGAGGACUAUCUACAAACUGUGUUGCACUUGGGCAAGAUCUGGGACUGUGACCCAGUGCUGCUGCUGGACGAGGCAGAUGUCUUCUUGGAGGAGAGAACAAUGGCUGACCUGCAGAGAAACAGUCUGGUGACUGUGUUUCUCCGCGUCCUCGAGUACUAUGAAGGCAUCCUCAUGCUGACUUCCAACCGUGUCGGAACCUUCGAUGAAGCGUUCAAGUCGCGCAUCCAAGUGGCCAUUCACUACGACAACCUGUCGAAAAAGGCACGAAAGGCCAUCUGGCGCAACUUUUUCGAUAUGAUUGAGGACUCGCCGCAUGAAGAUGUCAAUAUGCCCGAGCUCGAGCGACGGCUAGACGAGCUCUCGGCCGAGGAGAUGAAUGGGCGGCAGAUUCGCAAUGCGCUGCGAACCGCGCGUCAGCUCGCCAAGCACAGGAAUGAGAGGCUGGACUGGCCGCACCUGAGCCAGGUCAUCAAGACAUCGGGGGCCUUUAACAAGUAUCUCAAGGCUGUGAGGGGCCACAGUGAUGACCAGUGGGCUCGGGAAGAGAUGAUUAGGUAG